GUGUGUAUCUUCAGUCUGGAACCAACUUGGUUCCAACCUCCACCUCUUACGGCUGCAAUUCUAUCAAUUCAUCCCCUUAUGUUUACGGCUCGACUUUGAUUCCAACCGUUCCCGCUCAGUGUGGAACAUCGGUAGUGUCCGGAACCGGCUGCUAUUCGACCCCCGUGACGGUCCAAACCGUGCCAACCUACAUCACAUCCCCCAACUGCGGUUCCUCGACCCCCGUGAUAAUCCAGACAACUCCCAGUUGCGGCUGUCAGUCAUCUCCAGUUACUGUCCAACCCGGAGUUGGAACAUAUAUCACAUCCCCUAACUGUGGCUGCUCUUCGACCCCUGUCGUUAUCCAGACAACUUCUAAUUGCGGCUAUUCUUCUUGUUCUUCUCCAGUGACUGUACAACCCUAUGUCACAACUACCAACUGUGGCUCCUCCUGCAAUAGUUGUAAUUGUAAUGGUUACCAGGGUUGCUCCUCGAAUUACAACGGCGGCUGUAGUUGUGGCUCAGGUUGUUAUAACAGUCCUUGCUCAACGUCAGAUUCGUGUGGCUCAUACCAAACCUAUUGCUGAGAUAGGUUUCAGAUUGCUGGAAAGUUAGUAAAGUAAUUUUAUGUACUUUUGUCGUCCAGUAUUUCCAAAAUAAUUUUUAUUGUCACGUUCUACAUGCCUGAGAGGCUGAAAUAUGAAAAAUAAAUUGUCUUGUAGUAUCUUUGAA